CGUCGCUGUCGUUGACGUGAAAGUAACUUGCUCGCUGUUCCGCUGCUGCUUGCUGCUGCUGCUGCUGCUAGCUUGUUGAAUUUCCGAAAGUGGCACUUUUCUGGGAUGGGUGUGGAAAUCUUUUUGAUUGGGAUAUGUUGUUGUUGAUGUUGUCGUUGCAUUCUCUCUCUCUCAUUCGGGUGGAUAUCACACUCGUACAGAUCCCCUAGCCGCGAGCACAUAGCAGUGGACAGGAGGAGAUUACGCACAGGAAGCGGAUUCGGAUUGCUGCGCGCGACCGUUCACCCCCCGCUCUCUCCUUUGUCGGCCAAUAUAUCGCGACGCGAGAAUCCUUGGAGUGGAUACGCCACUGGAUUCUGUAGGGCGUUCAGGUCGCUCGUCUUGGCCUCUCUUGGUAUGACCUGAUGAGCCAUACUGCAAUCUGGGACAUGGCGAACGAUCCGAAACUCACGUCUGUGGACUUUGAUCCAGCGACGUAUGAUCCGACACGAGAUGUGGAUGAAGAUGAAGAGGAGGACAUCGGUGUCCUCGGACCAAAGUGUGAACUCUCAAGUGUAGAGAUCAAUAUCUUGAUAUACCUCUACCUUGUCGAAUCGAACCUCUCACAUACUGCCUUUGCCCUCUUAUCCGAGUCUCAACUCGCAUCCACUUCCCUCUUCCGAUACUUUAAUCCUCAUUAUCCUUCGCCUUCAGCACCUAUCAACUCCAAAGGCAAAGGCGUCGCUACAAAUGGUACGCCAGGUCCGAGCAAAUCACCUACCGAUUCGCUGUUCGGAAAAUCAGAUAGGAGGAUACCUCGAGGUGAACUCAUUAGAAAAUUGUGGAAAGCGAUCCGAUGGGAAGCUGUUGAACGACAUGUCCAGCCUAACGGAGAUCCGUAUCCGAACCAAUGUCCCAACCCAUUUCAUCUCCUCAUCCCUCAUGUUUGCCCAUCUUCAUACGCUUCAUCUGCGAGUAAUCCUCCGCUUCCUCUCCCUUCCGCUCUCACUCUGUCUCCGCUCCCCUCGAAAGCGCCCGAGCCAUUCCCUCCGCUGCCAGAGGACGAAGAGGAUGAUCAACAAGCCAUCGCUGGACCUUCAUCGAGCAAAUCCAAGCAGGAGGAAGGAGCUAGCAGUGUGAAAGGAGGUAAACGGAAGAUUCGACGUCUAUCCAUAGGCUCAGAGAGGAACGACGAGUCGACACGGUCUGCCAGUCCGGCUGUCCCGCCUCCAUCGGGUGCGAAGAAGGAUAAGAAGAGAGUUCGUGUGAGUGAGGGAAGCGAGGUGGAGUCGCUUCGAGCGACAAGAGGUCGAAACGGGAAAGAAUUCACAUACGAUGGGAUGGACCGCCAAACGAACGGGACGAAACGUCCAUCCAGCAAGAAAUCGACAUCUCGGAUUCAUUCGCCGGAUAAGCGGAAUCGAUCACGGCGGAACGGAUCUGUGCAAGCAGAUGAAGAGAUGGACGUGGAUGGGGAGGACAAGGUAAAGAAUGCAGUGAAGAAGCAAGGACCAUUAUGGUUGAGUCAGGAGGAUAUCAGCGUCCAUACAGAUCAUCGGGAUAUGGUCACAGCGCUUGCUUGGAACCCUCGCAAUCUCGACGUCCUAGCUACCGGCUCAGGCGACGGAUCAGGGAGAAUGUGGGAUUUCCACAGUGAUGCUGAGCCUCGACCACGAACCCUCAGCAAUCCACAAAAAUCGCUCGUCCUGUCUCACAAGUCGAUCGAUGCGGGAAGGAAGAGCGUGACGUGUCUGGCAUGGCAUCCGGACGGAACAGUUGUAGCGACGGGUUCUCAAGAUGGUGUCGGUCGCCUGUUUACGCCCUCGGGUCACCUUCAAGGGAUCAUGUCCUAUGGCCGUGGCAUCAUCAAUGCACUCAAAUUCUCACCUUCAGGAUCCACCAUCCUCGUCGCCAAGACUGAUUUCACAGUCUGUCUAUUCCUCGUUGGCAACAAUUACAACCAAGAUAUGAAAGCAUCCUUUGAAUCUCAUACGAAAGAAGUCAACGAUAUCGAUUGGCUGGACGAUCACGUAUUCGCAAGUGGUGGAAACGAUCAUACCAUUUUCGUCUUCCGCACGAACGAUCGCAGGCCAAGAUACACUCUCAAAGGACAUACCGACGACGUGACGAAAAUCGCUUGGUCCCCUGUUGCCAAAGAUGGACAAGCGGAUUCGACCGAUCGGCUACUGGCAAGUGUAUCGGACGAUGGUAAUUGUAUGAUCUGGAAACUGCCAGCGUAUCCUGAAGACAGAGGCACGAGUUCUCGGUCCAUUUCACCCGUGAAGCCUAGUGCCAGUGCGAGAGACGGCAAGGAAGGCAAAGAAGACGAUGACUACUUCGCGGGAAACGCAAGUCUACCAGGGAUCGAUCACUGUAUACAGAAAUUGGUCGUCGUGGCGAACAGCGAGAACAGACGGAUGGAUACGUUACAGUGGAGUCCGAGUUGCAAAGAGGGAAGGAUGAUCCUCGCUGCAGGAGGCCAAGACUCUACUGUCAAGCUGUUCAAUGCUCUCACUGGAGAAUGCCUACAUACUUUGAACGGCUUUGAGUCAGGAACAGGAAGCAUCGCAUUUUCACCUCUCGCUCAAGGGCUGAUCGCCGUCGGCGGCUGGGAUGGCAGAUUGGGGAUCUACAAUGUUGGGUCUGGAGUUCUCGUGAAAGAGUACGAGAUAGAAGAAGAUCCGGGCAGGCAAUCAUCGAGAGAGAAGCCAAUGAUGCUCACCAUGGCGUGGCGGGAAGACGGGGAUCAGCUCGCAGUGGGACUAUACAACAAGACGUUGAUGACCGUCAACGUUGGAGACCUGGGUCAGGCGAAUAUUGAGGAAUAAGGGACAGCAAGCAGGAACAGUCUCAACGUGGGGCCGCCUGUGCAUAUCUGUGGACAUUGACUGUUGGGGGGAUUAUGGGUUAUAGCUGAGCCACAGCUCCCUUGUACAUUAGUGAAUGGCAGAAGCAAACAGUGAAUAGUGAGGAGCAGGUAGUGAAUCAGAAGUGAAGAGGAUUU